AUGGCUCCCUCAAACACUCUGGGAAAGCGCGUAAAACUUACCCAAGUGCGACGUCCGUUCAUCGUGGGCACCACCGCAGUUCCCUUUUCCGAAUCAAACCCCAAGCCGCCCGGCACGCCUGACAACCACACACAUUCGUGGCAGGUCUUUGUCAAGGGACUCGAAGACACAGACAUCACGUACUGGGUGCGCCGCGUGCAGUUCAAGCUGCACGAGUCCAUUCCCAACUACGUCCGAAUGGUCGAGGGCGAACCCGGCAGACCUUUUGUCGUCAAGGAGACCGGCUGGGGUGAGUUCGACAUCACCAUCAAGCUGUAUUACGUGAACGACUCGGGCGAGAAGCCGCAAACGCUGUACCACUACCUGCGCCUGCACCCGUACGGCCGGACCGAGGAGGAAAAACAGGCCAUGGUCACCAAGAAUGGAGAAGUCCGAUCCUGGAGCUACGAAGAGCAGCUUUUCAACGAGCCCUACGAGGCCUUUUACCAAGUCCUCACCUCCGGCGCAGUCCCCAAAGGCUGGAAACCGUCUGGCGGGGGCGCGUCAGGCAAGGGCAAGGGCAAAAGCCGGGCGCCGCCUCCUCUCCCUGCGCCGGAUAGCGGCGAGGUGUGGGAGCAUACGGCCAUGAUCCCCAAUCACAACAGGCCCGGCCAGCCGUUCAGUCGCGAGACGGAAGCUGCCGAAGUGAGGAAACUCAAAGAUGCGCAGAACAAGACCGAGGAGAUGUGCAAGCGCAUCUUGUCCGAGCUGAGAGACAAAGAAGAGCUCUUGGCUAAGCUCAAGGCCGAGAACCACGCUGCCGCCGCGGCAGCCAAGGCAGUAUAA